AUGUACGCUUACACUCUCAUGGAGACUAGCGCCACUACCCAGGAGCCCAUCUACGGUGAUGGCCAGGCAGACGGCACUAAGGGCGACAAGGUCACCAUGCACUACAAGUUCGAUGGCUCGACCGGCAGCUACACCCAGACCGUUCUGAUCAACGGCAAGACCGCCUCCACCCUCUCCACCAGCGAUGGCAAGGCCUUGGGCUGGGGAAGCGCUGUCGAGUAUGCCGAGGACAACUGCGACACUGUCGGUGAUCACUCUUGGACUAACGCCACGAUCAUCCUCGAUGUUGCUGACCCCAACUACAUCAACGCCCUCGCCAAGGGUUGCGGCGUCUCUGGCAACAUGUCUACCAGCGAUAGCGGCAAGACAUGGACUGUUACCACCAUUAACAUUCCCGAGUACUCUUUCCCUAGCUAA